GGGUGGGCGGAGGAGUGGAGUGGGGCGGCCGCUCGUCGUUGCACGCCAUCCUUCCCUCGUCGUUUAACCCCAGAACUUUUCCAGCUCAGAUCAGUUCGGACAAGAGCCUCUGUCGGUCCGUUUUCUUCUGGAUAUUUAUAGUCAAGUCCGCGGCUUUCUUCGUAGUGUGACAUCCGGGAAACGCGCUCUAACACUCUACGUGUAAGCUUUUCUAGAAUCCUCUCUCGCUGAGGCCAUGUUUUCCAAGGCCACUGCCAACUUCGUUCGUCAGGUUGAUCCGGAGGGAAGCCUCAUCCACAUGUCCCGAGUUAACGACUCCCACAAACUGCUCCCCAUGGCAAUUGUCGUCAAGCGCAACCGCCUGUGGGCGUGGCAGAGGCCCAAGUACCAGCCGACUGAUUUCACCCUGAGUGAUCUGCUGCAGGGCGACGAGGUGCUCCGGCCCGAAGUUUCUGAGUCAGAAUUCCUGGGCUACAAGGGGACAUACCGGGACGAUCACUCCGGGAAGCUGGACACCGAGGCCGGUCCCGUCAACGUCGGCCUGGAGGGACUGGGCUCGUCCAAGCUGGAGUCGUGUUUUGGGAAGCUGAAGAUAGAGGAGCUGGAUGUGAAGAAGCUGUUGAAGGACUCUCACAGCAGGUUAGUGGACAUGCAGCACGUCCUGGUGCAGCAGCUGGAGAAGCGCGCUGAGGUUCUGACGGUGGUGAAGGAGCGCAUCCUCACCACCGACUGGUGCUCCGUCACCAUGACGAAGAAGCAGCAGUGCGCCUUUCAGGGUGUGCUGAUGCUGAUGGGCCUUCUGGGGGGCUCCGUGAAGGUGGUUGGAAAAGACGUGAACAAUAUUGAGGUGGACAGCGACGUUUCCUUGGAGAUCCCCUCCGGCACCGUGAUCGCAUACAGCAUUAUGGAGCUGGAGAUCAAAAAGAACGGACACUACGGCAUAUGCCUGCGACCCAGCGCUAUGGGAGGCUUCGAGAGCGACUCCAUCCCGUUCAAUGGUUCCUUGGACACGGUGGACCGCAGUUCCAACGGGCACGGGGCUCAGGAAGAUGCUCCUCUCACCAUUUCACACAGUGGAUGGUCGGAUAUGGACCUUUCUCCUCUGGCAGACCUCCCCAGGUCGACUCGGUGUGAGUUGAUGGAGAAGCUCCAAGAGGCUCUUCGGGACAGAUUUGCUCUGUCCUACCUACAGAGUGAGCUGGAGAAGUUGUGCUAUUGUGAAAAAGCGGAGACUCCCAUUAUUGGUGAGAAGGAGACAAUUCCUACGAGUUCACGUGUCCCUGAAUGCGUCCCGACCGGCUUCUCUUCACACCUACCCUCAGCUUACCUGCUGGUCAGCGCCAUGGAAGAGCUGCCUGAUGAGACGCUGAACAUUUUGAGCAACAGUCGACCUGAUUUUCUGUCAGCGUUUGACGUGCUGAUGCGCGGGUUGAAGGAGAGUGGUGGGAAUGUGUCCGUCCUGUCCCUUCCUGCACCGCUGCAGGACAACCAGGUCUUCCAGCGGGCAGAGCAGCUGCUGGGCUCCAUCAGAGUGACGCUGAGGAGGGACGCCGAUCGGCUCCGGAUGGAGAUGGAAAACGCGGACGGGGCUCCGGCUCUGCUCCUCGGCCUCAGCGUACACGGCCUGGCCUUGCUCUGCACCGACGUGCAUUAGUUUACGGCAUCUGAGUCUUUGUUGUUACUUUCUUUAUUGAGCACAUUUAUCUUGCGUAAGCUUGUCAUAUUCCAGUGUUUGACUUAGUCAUAUUAUCUUCGCUCUUUUACUCAGUUUUACAAUCUGUGUUAUUAAUCCCACAUAUUAUUAUUUAAAUAAACUGUUUAUAUUUUUGUACAAGAAGUGAAAAGUUGAUGAAUCUGGAGGGAGGUUCUGAGUUCUGAGCAUCAGUCACAAUUUACCGUCAAUCCAGUUGUUUCUGUGUCCAGUUUUAGCUCGCCAAAACUAUUAUCCUCAGUUAUUGGUAAAUCCUGGAAAGCUUGACUAAAGGUUAAUGUGGGAUUUGUCAUAGUUUGAACAGAAUUUGAGAACUGAUUGCUUUCUGACAAAACACAAGAUGAAGAAGCUUUAAGCAGUUUGUUUGGUCUUGUCAGGAACAAAAGAUGCUGUCAUUUGUAAGCUCUUCUCUUUUUAAAAAGAAAAAUAUAUUUUUAUAUUAAU